AAAAGAACGAAGAAGAAGAUCAAAACAAAAAAAGUAAACAAACAAACAAACAAAAAAAAAAAAAAAAAUGAAUGAAACAGCAAGUCAUGCCGAUUUCAGCAAUAGAUCUAUGUGCAAAUUGGUAAAGGAUGUGGACUUCCCAACGUCUAGCAAUGACGGUGAUGCAACGUCCCCACGACGUUCCCAACGUCUAGCAAUGACGGUGAUGUGGGCCGCGCUCCAUGUACCAACUUUAUCGUUUGAGCUGCGGAUCGGAUCGUUUGGUCCUUCUGGUGGCUCUCCAUUGAACUUGCCUUUGACGUUGCAAUUCUCGAUACUUCUCAAUGUGGCCUUGCAUUGAAUCUGACAAUUGAAAUCGCAGAAAGAAAGCUCCAUGUUCAGUCGAUUAUCUUUCUUUGCAGGCAGCCAUGCAGCACCCUCUCGAGGCGAGCUUGCCGUACGACGAGUACGAUUUCUGGAUUGCCGAAACCCUCGCUGAAGAUGACUAUCGUUGCCACACAUACAGCCCCGACGAGAGUGCCCAAGUGGACGACGUCUGGGUGAAGCUCAUGAAGCAGCUGCAGGACAACGCCGAGACGAGUGCUGUUGACAAGAUUCGUCAACUCUUGCAACGAGGCAUUGCACGCCAUCGACGUGGCGGUCUGUGGAGCUUGCUUCUGGGAACGCGGUUUAUCCGCGCCAACAGCGAAUACGAUUACAAGGUCAAUCGCGAAGCUGUGCAAGUCCAACGCGAAAUUUUCGAGCAACGUGAGGACGAGCUACGCCAGCACUACCAACAACAGGCUAAGAAUGCUGCCCUGUGUCAGUCACAGCUGGAAGCGGCACUUGCCAAGGCGUUGAGCACCGACGAAACAACUGCAUCGCCUGACUCGAGCAGCGAGAAAAAGAAUGCUGCCCCACUGGUGUGCAAAGAUGUGCCGUUGCAUUCGCUGCCAAAGAUGAUGGCGCACAAUCGUCCGCGCAAAACCCAUGCAACUCAUAUCCUGGACAUGGAUAUCGAUGAGAUUGCCGCUCUCGAAUCGCCCGGAACGGCAGCAGCCACUGCGAAAAAACAGGAGCAGUUCGCCGCUGCUCUUCGCCAGAUCAAGCUCGACUUGGAUCGAACCUUCCCGACUCACCGCAUGUUCUCUGGUUCGGAUCUGACUGGUCGAUCCAUGAUGUUCAACGUGCUGGCACAGUAUGCCAAGUACAAUCCGACAGUUGGGUAUUGCCAAGGCAUGUCAUCGAUUGCUGCAAUGCUGCUGAUGCACCUCGACGAGGAAUCCACCUUCUGGGCCUUGGUGUCAAUCUUUGAGCGUCCCAAGUACCUGAGCGGCUACUAUGACACGUCGCUCCAUCGUAUUCAGCACCACGCUGACGUGUUUAACAAAAUCUUGUCGAUCAAGUUCCCGGCGUUGUCCACCCACCUUGAAAAUCUUGGGAUUCACCCGCUCAUGUACACCGUGCCCUGGUUUAUGUGCAUGUUUACGUCCUUGCCCUGCUGGGACACAGUUCUCGCCAUCUGGGACAUGUUGAUGCUGGAAGGCGUGGUGACCAUCUUCCGAGUGGCCAUCUGCUUGAUGGACGUCUGCAAAGAGGAGCUGCUGGCGAUGGACGGCGUUGAGCAAAUUCUGCCUUACUUGCAGCAUCCCCCAGUGAACAGGGUCAUGCGAAAUGUGUUUGUUCCCAAGCUUCUUGAGUGCGACAUUUCCAAGGCCCACAUCGACGCCGCAGAAGGGCUGCUCAAGGCAGAGAGCGCACCUGUUGCCGUCGAGGCCGUCGCCCAGGACUCGCUGCCAGAGUCCACCAAGCCCGUCAAUGACGAGAAUGAAAGCAGCAACGGUGCAAUCAAGGGAUCCUUGGUCAAGGCGACUGACUCUGGCGCUGUGCCGAAAGCUUCCCGAUUCAAGCGGCUGCUGUCAAACAUGGCGACCUCCAAGGCAAAGGCAGCCAUAUCGCGCUCUAUCUCGAGCUCGGCGUUGAAGGAUGCCUCCAAUCGGGUACCAAGCAACCUUCGCGCGCGGCUGUCGCGGAACAACCCCCGUUCGCAACCGAAACUGUCGGUCGAGCCGAGCGCAUCGAGCAUGGAGGAAGCGACCUGCGGUUCCAAUUCCGCUUUGCCGCAGGGCGAGGCCGCUAACUACCACCCGCUCCUCAUUGAGAACGACGAGGAAGGUGCUGGCGAUCGGAGCUUCCUCGAUGCCAGCUUUGUGUCUCUGCGCUCAACUUCGUCCCCGACUCGUUCGGUCCCUCGGUUUAAUGGCAACAUGAGCAUGAUUGUUUCCAGCGGUGGCAUGGACCUGGAUGACGAUGAAGUUUGCCAACCAGUCCAAGCAUUGCCGGAAGUGCAGGAUUUGAACAUGAGCGUCGAUUCUGCGCUCUUCUUUGCCUCUCGCAACAAAGCGCACGGCUAUGGUGCUGCGGGAGCGACAGCUCGUUCACGCCAAGUGCGCAUUACCUCUCCUGUGUCUGGUUCCUACGUUCGCAGUGGAUGGGGAGAUCGCACCUUGCCCAUGGUCUCGCCAAUGGCCACGCCGUCCAGCCGCAAGCUGGUGAAGGGCUCGCCGAGUCAAAUGCUCUCCUUCCGAGAGUUCAACACGACCACCCCAUUGCGCCAAACCCAGACCAAGCAGCUCAAGCCGUUCACUGGCGCAAAGAAACGCGAACUGGCAACUGCAGUCACUCCUGGUGCCCACAGCUCACUGCGAGCCGCUCCUUCCGCAAACACCGGACAGAGCCACAUCAAGCCUUCUCGACCAUUGGCAGCUGUUCCCAUCCGACAAAUCCACAUCCCCAACUCAAUGUUGUCAUCAUCGUCUAGCCCCGCUGCGUCGCCCUUCCUGGUCCGCGGCCAAUUGCUGCGAUCAGCCGCCCGCAACAACGCCGCGGGAAAGGGGGCAUCGCCAGGCGCCUUCUCUCCUUCGUCUCGCAAGGUUCGAGUCAAUGCCACCCAAUCUCCACAUUCUGAAGCCAAGCGGCGCUUUGCGUCUCCCGGAGCGUUUUCGUUGAAUUCUCCUGGAGGCCGUUCGCUGGACUCUCUCGGUGCCAUGACGCCCGAGGUGUCCAUGUCGCCGGAUGUGGAGCUGUGCGAGAUGACUCCAGUGGUCAUGUCGCGGUCUCGCGCUGCGGCAUGCACUCAAAACAUUUUCUUGGAUAUGGAUUAAUGCAGUAAAAGGUCUCCACACGGAGAGAGUUGACGUGAAAGCCAAAGUGAGCGAAGGGGGGGGGAUGAAGAGAGGUGUAUCUAUUUGUUUGAAUUCUUGUGAGUAUGUGUGAUGAUUGUUGAUUGUGUUCGCGACGUCGAAAUAUAGUAUUGUUGUCAUCUGU